GGUAAAUAGUGCGUAUAAAGCAGGACUAGGUUUCAUAAAAUUCAUAAAUAUUAAAAAACUUUUUUUAAUUCGUUCGAAACUCGAUCCGUGGACAUAUUGUAGAUGCUGGUGAGUAAGUACCAAAUGUUUAUAAACCAAGGCAAAAAUAAAAUUAGAUUUACGAAUGUCUUUAUUAUCCUUCGUUCAUUCAUUCCAUUCGCCUAACCAAUCCAAGAACCAUUCAUGCAGUACAACAGAAAUAAUACGUUUAAGUACAGUCGCACCGCGGGUUUUACCAACAUUCAGACUCGAAAAGCACACACAAACUGUACCGAGAGCAAACAAAAUUAAACGGUAUAAAAAAAACACCGAGCUAAUCCUGCCAAACGGUUUCCUGGAAUUUCGAUUGAUGAAUCCGCUGGCGCCUUCGAAAAAUAGCAAAGUGACUACGCCGCCACCAGCCUCAUCGUCGGACUCGAUUUUCGAGAAAUUGAGCACCGGCGAACUCCUGAAGCACCUACUGAACGCGCGCUCGGAUCCCGACGGCGAUGUCUUCGAGGAAAACGCUACGCCCGGCCGUGAUUCAUCUCGGGACACCGAUGAGAGCUGUCCAACGCGCCCAAUGACCAGAGCCACACGCAGUUCUUGCGAUGGUGAUGAGAGCGCCGAACGCUCGCGGAAAGCGUCGCCGUUCGAUGGGGAUUGGGGUGCAUCAGCGCGAAAAUCCCUCGGAAGCGAGGAGAGCUCCUGUUCGUUGGACUUCAUUUCGCGGCUUCAGGCCUCCUUCGCGACGGACGUUGGUGAUUUUGGUGGAGUUUCCGACGGGACGGGGUGCUGUGCCAGUGAGGCGGGGGCGACUUUGAGGGUGAACAGUGGUGUUGGUGAUGGUGGUUGUGCGCCGUUUGCUUCCGAUGUGAUAGGGGAAGAGACACGUGGUGAUACUGAGGACGAUUGCGCUGUGAGAAACGAGGGAAGUGGUGAUGAAGAUAUUGAUGAUAAGAUGGUUUUAGUACCUGCAGAUCCAUUAGAAUGGACGUUUAAACACAUAAAAUCUUGGCUGGAAUGGUGCACAAGGAAGUUUUCCUUGCAUCCCAAGCCGGAUCCGGAGAAUUUUCCGCAAAGUGGUUCCGAAAUAUGCAAUUUAACCGGGAAUGAUUUCGAAGAAAAAACUAACAGUUCCAGAACAGGUAAAAUUCUUGCCAAGCAUAUUGCUUACCUGAGACAUAGCGUAACGGGCCGAGCUAGCAGCCCGUUAAACGUAGAAUGCAAAGAAUUCGAGGACGACACCGAUGAAGAUGAACAAGAUCCUUACCAACUCCUGAACGCGGCGACGAGUCGAUUGGUGGCGCAGGGCUCCGGCCAGAUCCAACUGUGGCAAUUCCUGCUAGAGCUGCUCAACGAUUCGUCGAACGCCGCCUGCAUCACGUGGGAAGGCACCAAUGGCGAGUUCAAACUCACCGACCCCGACGAGGUGGCCAGAAGAUGGGGGGAGCGGAAGUCCAAGCCGAAUAUGAACUACGACAAACUGAGCAGAGCUCUUAGAUAUUACUACGAUAAAAACAUAAUGUCGAAGGUGCACGGAAAGAGGUACGCGUACAAAUUCGACUUCCAGGGACUGAUGGCGGCCUGCCAAGCCCAAGCGCAAGGCCAAGGCGACGUUUUGCCGACGUACCACAAGUACCAGCAGCACCAGAGCGAACUGGGAGCAGCCUUGUACCCAGCCGGUCACGCGCCCAAUCACCGAUUGCCCAGCAUCCUGCCGGCCACGACGCAGCAUUCCCAUUCCCAGACGACGCUGUUCCCACCGCCGACUUACUGGCCCUAUUCACCGGCGACCUUCGAUCCCAGGGGAAACCCUUUCAAUUAGAGGAUCAUCGAAUAAGUGUCUUUUAUAGGUAUAUAAUGACCGAUAGUUAAUGGGGACGUGUGUGCCUACAUAGUUGCACUUGUAAAAUUAGAUAGGUAGAGUAGACGGGAAUUUAAAUAUCUUAAAUAUUUGAAUGUACUUGGGACAAGGUUUAAGUACAACUGCUAAGGUUCUAUCAUAUGAAAUUUAACAUUUUGGAUUUAUUGUAAAAAAUGUUAAAUCUUUAAUAGCCGAUGUUAAAUAUUAUAAACAAUCACUACUGAAUUACCAGGAGCAAUUUUAUCUACUUUACUAAAUGAAUAAAGUAACAUUUGGUUUGUUCCAAAAAACAAUACAGAACUGUUCAGAAUAUUAUUGAGUUUGUGUAAGUUCUACUAUUGUACUUAUUUUGGAACAAUCCUUAUCCUCUUCAACUACAGGAUUUCUUAUUGUUAGUAUAUUCAAUUUCUAAUGUCAAUGUUACUUAAAAAGUGAUUUUUUUAUGAUUAGGUACAUCGGCAUAAAUCGAACAUUAUAUGUUCAUCUGAUCAAGUAAAAUGUAUUAAUAAAACCAAUUGAUAUUAAGUCGUUAU